AUGCACUAUCUGCAAUUCCUUCUCCUCACAGUUCUACUUCUCAUGUGUCACGCCAGGUGAGCACUUUUUCGUUUUUUGUGGAAUCGCAUUGCUUCAAAAGUUUGUCCAUCUUUGAACGCCUGUAUCCCCCCACAACUAUUGUCCAUUUCUGAAACGUGUCAACUCGCAAAUUGCAGAAAAUUUUGUGCUCUACAACUUUGUAGUUGACAGUUUUUCUGCAAAUUGCCUAGAUUUCAAAAUAUACGCGCAUUUCCGAAGAACAGCCUUGUUCGCGUCAAAAAGUUGUUGCAAAUUUUGUACCAAACACACUUUGUAGCGGACAUUUUCGCCUAAAAGUCUGUAAUACCUUCAGAAAAUCGGUCUACCGUCGCAAUUCUCCGAGUCUGCGACGGCUCACCCGUAACUACGACUGGGAAGUGGACGAGCACGGCGCGCUCCGACCGAUCAUCAACCCGGCAAAGGUGGAGAGGGCGACGAAGAGCUGCGCGAACGAUUCGUUCAUUCUCGGCACCAUUAUGAGCAACUACAAUCGGCACAAGAUCCCCGGCGGUCAGGUCGAAGUGGAGGUGGAGGUGUGGGUGCAGGAGAUCACGACAAUCUCGGACAUUACUUCCGAUUUUCAGGUGGGGGGCUCUUUUGAGAUUUUGCGGUGCUCAAAUAGCUUUGUAUUCGCCGCUUGCAGCUCGACAUUUACAUCUACGAGACGUGGCACGAUCCGGCGUUGAACUACGCGUUUCUGAAUCCGUGCAAGUACAAUCUCUCGCUGAAUUCGGUGCUUUUGGAGAAGUUGUGGACGCCCAACUCGUGUUUUAUCAACUCGAAAACGGCGGACAUUCACAAGAGCCCGUUUCCGAACAUUUUUUUGAUGAUCUACGCGAACGGAACAGGUGAGACGAGGGCGGGGUGUCUAUGUACGAACACAAACACAAUAGUCGUUCCGAGUCGGCGUCGUUGUGUGUGUGUGAGCUGUGCGCAAAAAAACAAGCGAAAAAGACGGGGGGAGAAGAAGUGAAAACAUUCGGGCGCGCGCCUAAUAACUUUUUUUCCGUUUCUGAUAUUUUCUUCGCAAAUUGACGGUCUCGAUGAGCUCUACAAUUGCAAUUUUCCCGUUCUAGACCCGCUGAAUCUGCUAUAAACCAGAGUUGAGCGGAAGAACACGGAAGAAUUUUUAUCUUUUUUAGAAAAUUUUUUCAUGAAAUGUGACCAACUGACGAAAUGUAUAGCAAAGUGAACUGUGCUCAUAGAAAAAUAAUUGUAAAUUUAACUUUUCAUACAAAAAAGUUAUUCGAGUUGUUCCGUGAGAAAAGGGCUAACGGGGAAGACGGAAGGAAUAACUUUUUUGUAUGAAAAGCUAAAUUUACAAAUAUUUUUCUAUGAGCACAGUUCACUUUGCUAUACAUUUCGUCAGUUGAUCACAUUCCAUGAAAAAAUUUUCUAAAAAAGAUAAAAAUUCUUCCGUGUUCUUGCGUUGAGCUCUUCCGCGCUCAAUUCUGCUAUAAACCCUCAGGGACCGUUGCUAGUAGUGCACUUUUUGAUGCGUAAUCUCUCUUCAAUCUUCACCCCCUACUCUUUGAAAUUGUCCAUGUCCAUGUCCAUGUAUCUAGUUAAGAAAUUGUGUGUGAGUGUGUGUGUGUGAGAAGGAAGAAAGAGAGAGAGAGAGAGAGCCUUUCCUUCUUCCUUCCUUCCUUCCUUCUUUGCUUUACACACCACUCUCUAGGGACCUUUCCAUGGGGGCAUCUAGGCCCACUUUCACUUUUUUCGCUCUUUCUGAGCUCCCGUGAGCUUCCGAGCGCCGUCGGCGAACGGGGCAAUAUAUCAAUGGAAACGGGCGGGGCCGAGGAAGAAGAAGAAGAAGAAGAAGAAGGGGAUUAGAUUGGCGAGGUUUCGAAAUGGCGGAAAAACGCGGAAUUGGAGCCGCAAAAGAGUUUUUCGGGCCGGUGGGGGGAUUCUAGUAAAGUAAAGUACCCUUGAAGCGUAACCUAUAGGUACCCAAAAAUAUCUAUUGUCCAAGUAGACGAUUUCCUCACAUUUCUGUCCAGUAAAGUACCUUUCAUAGUGGUUCGAUGCGCACCAAACUUCUUGGGCGUCAUCUUGCCCCUAGUUUGGUCCCAGAAACCCGGUCGACACGGACCAUACAUCAAGUUUCGCCUACUACCGUCGUUUCUAGUUGUAACUUUCGCCAAUCAAAUCAUCGCGGCGCCGCCGAGUUCCUGUUUGUGCCCGGCGCGUCCGCACGCGUGACCCGAAUUGGCAUGCAAAUUGGCGUAACUUUGUCGUGCCACUAAACGACGGAUCCGGGGCACCGGGAAGACGAAGAAGAAGAAGAAGAAGAAGAAGGGGUCAGAGCCGCCGGACGAAAUUUAAUCGUCGGGAGCUGGUGUCUUCUUCUUCUUCUUCUUCUUCUUCUUCUCCAUCUGCGUCUGCUCGCCGCUCAUUGAUCUUUUCGUCGUUCGGCUCUCCGCGCGCGCGGGUUAGUUUGUACAUGCGGUGGUCUCUUUUCGACUUGUCCAUAACAAAGCGUCGAAAAAAGAGCCGGGAAGAGAGUAAUUAGCGACGCGACCACCAGUGACGCGACUUUGAACGCGUGUAUCUCGAGAACUCUGGAUUCGAUCAAAAAGUGGUCAACGUGAAAAUGGUUGCAAAUUUUGUGCUCUACAACUUUACAGUUGACAAUCACACUCGAAAACGUAUCGUUUUCAAGUUAUGCCCCUCUGAACCAGAGUUGAGCGGAAGAACUCAACGGAAGAACACGGAAGAAUUUUUAUCUUUUUUAGAAAAUUUUUUCAUCGAAUGUGAUCAACUGACGAAAUGUAUAGCAAAGUGAACUCUGCUCAUAGAAAAAUAAUUGUAAAUUUAGCUUUUCAUACAAAACAGUUAUUCCUUCCGUCUUCCCCGUUAGCCCUUUUUUCACGGAACAACUCGAAUAAAUUUUUUGUAUGAAAAGCUAAAUUUACAAUUAUUUUUCUAUGAGCAGAGUUCACUUUGCUAUACAUUUCGUCAGUUGAUCACAUUUCAUGAAAAAAAUUUCUAAAAAAGAUAAAAAUUCUUCCGUGUUCUUCCGUUGAGUUCGAACCCUAGGGACACUUUUUUUUUCUCAGAAUCCGAGUCUCUCUGCCUCGCUAUCCAUUCGAAAAUUGCCAUUUUCUAAUCGGAGCCUUCCGUCGUCUCGCGCGAUUCAUCCGAAUAAUUCAUUCGCUUAUCGUGAUUGGGUACGAGUCGGAGACGCCGUCAAUGAAUGAUUGCGUGACGAAAAAAUAGGGCGAUGCGACUAAUUUAAGGGAUGGGCCAGGGAAUACGAAAAAGUUGGGGGGACCAGCUAUUGUCCAAGUUUUCAGUAUGGACCAACUACCGUCUCAAGCUACAAGGCCCGUGUAUUAUGGAUUUGACAAAGUUUCCGUUCGACAACGUCACUUGUUCACUCACUUUUGAAAGUUUCAAGUACGUUCGUUUCCUCAACCGGAUUCUUUUUGUUCAAUAAACACGGCGGCACCGUUUAGCUACAAUACGGACGAGGUGAAAAUGGAUUGGUCGGAGAACGGAGUGCAGAAAAUGCGCGACAAGAUGGAGUUGGCCGACUACGAACUCGUCGACAUACACAAGAUUCGGAAGACGGAGGUUUGUUGCGAUACUCACCCCCCGCCCGCAAUUGUACUCUUUCAUUUGCCAGGAAUACCCCGCCGGUUACUGGCACGAGCUGACGAUGAGCUUCGAGUUUAAACGACGCGCCGGUUGGUACAUUCUUCAAGCCUAUCUGCCCACGUAUUUGACCAUUUGUAUAUGUGAGUGUGUAAAAUGAUGCCAAUUUUUGAGCUCGUUAGCGGGCGAGCGGCUCAGAAUAGACGUGAAUGUUUUGCCAAAUGACGAGGGGUGGUGUUGAUGUUGCAGCGUGGAUCUCGUUUGCGCUUGGAUCGAAAGCGAUUCCGGCGAGGACGAUGCUGGGAGUGAACAGUUUGUUGGCGAUGACUUUUCAGUUUGGCAACAUUAUCCGAAAUCUGCCCAGAGUGUCGUAUGUCAAGGUGAGCUCCUGGUGCUAGUUAAAGGAUCACACAGUGUCCAGAGCUGACAAUGAGCGCAAGUGCGGCGCCCCGCCCAAUAGAGCGAUACAUUGGCGCGAAAUUUGUGUUUUUUGCCAGAUUAGCCACGAAAAACCGAUAAUUUCUCAUUUGUCUCUCGAUAGACCGAUUGUAUAGGCUAUUACGAAUUUUUUAAGCGCAAGAGCGUUAAAUUUGGUCAAGUCGCAAAUCACAUUUAUUCGUUUGAAGGUUUUUCGCUAAAACUGCAUGAAUUUCAGUUGCUUUUCGGUAAUUUUCGCGGUUCGAGCGCUCAAAAUGCUUGUAUUUACGUGAUUUAUCAUUCUCAAAACCAAUUAUGUCUGAAAACGGCCAAGAAAGCGCAAAAUGAGAAGUGCGGUUUUUAGGCGGCGAAGGCGAAGAAGCAAAAUCCGCGAAAAAUGCGCCAAAACAUCAUUAAUUCUGUGAGAAUUAGUGUGUUUUCAUGUCGAACAAUCAUUUUUCAUCGCCUUUGACCGCAAAAAAUCAGAGAAAACCUGCUCAAUUCAUGAAAACGCCAUUUGGCCGCCGAGGCCACGCCCAUAUUGUCAGCUCUGGAGACCGUGUUUUGAUUUUUUUGUGUCUGUUUGAAUUGUCUCUCAUUGCCACUCAUACACUGGUGAAAUGCUGACUCUCAAAAAUGCCAAUGAACGAAACGGCGUGCAAUUGAAGUUGUGGCCGUGGCCUAGGAAACUCCGGUGGGAAAACUCUUCCCUUGCUCUUGCAUUAUGUAUGGAUGCUGAUUUGUGUGAAUUUUUUGCAAAAUAUGAAGAUUGUGCCGAACCCAAAAAAAAGAUCACAAGGCCUAGAACUUUUCUGGGCCACGGCCACAACUCCGUUCAAAGGUAUUUCUGAAAGUUGGGGGCUCGGACAGUGAAUGUGGCAAUAAGAAGCAAUUCAGUCAGACACAUAAACUGUGGCCCUUCUCAGGCCAUCGACGUGUGGAUGCUCUCGUGCAUGACGUUCGUCUUCUGCUCCCUCCUCGAGCUCGCCUGGGUCGGCUACCUGUCGCGCGAAGAGGAGAUAGUCUCGCGAAGUCCGCCGUGCGCCCAAGUCGCGCCCAAACCGUGCCAUCCGCCCGUCCAGCAGUCCGCCAGCAGCGUCCAGCACCGCCGGCAGCAGAAACAGCCGAAGAACGAGGAGGAGAGUGCUCUGUUGAGCCUCCGUGACAAUGAUUAUGGCUACAUCCCGCCCGGGUUCGGGUUGAACGGAAACUUGUCGAACGCGAUGAAGAGCUUCACUUCUUCGUGUUCGUGCGAGCCGCCGAAUGUGGUGAACAUGAUGUUGGACGAGGCGGAGACCAUCCCACCCUCGACCACUUCGUCGCUUUCCCGGUAGGAUUGAAUACAUAUUCAGGGGGGAACAAAGUAGAACUCGAUUUUUGCAGAAAACAACGUCGCGAGAUGCUCGCCCACAAAAUCGACUCGGUCUCGGUGUUCAUGUUCCCGUUUCUGUUCGUGCUCUUCAACAUUGCCUACUGGCAACACUACCUUCGGGUCGAUUAA